GGAUUUUGCAUCAUUCCAAACAUUCAGGAGCCACGAGGAUUUUGUUACUGCACGACGAAGCCCUGCCUGCAAUUAUACCCGGUAACCAGGCCUCGGCUCGGCUUCAGUUCCUUUCUGAGCUAUGGCCGCCGGAUCAGUUGUCCUGAAACACACGAGAUCAGCAAGGGGAUGACCGAUUCCGUGUCAUCGAAUGUACCUGACCAAUCGCGGCGCGCGGUAUGUGGCCUCCGCGUUGGAUCUGGUCUCGCCCUAUCGCCCUGCCCAUCAGGCCCAUCACCUUGGGCGCGCGGCAUUGCAUGUGCAGGAGGCCGCCAGGGGCCGCAAUUUAACAAACACGAAUGAAGGGGAUCACCAAUGUAUAAAGGCACACCGAGACUCGUCCUUGGCACCUUGUUCGGUCUCUCCGCCGCACGCUCCUUCUCCCUUGCGAUCUGGGAUCGCCUGCAGGCCAUCGACUUCUUCCUUUGCUCGAGACUCAGUGUCCGACUCCAUCUCUCCUUUUCAGCGUAGAUCGCCUAUAUACGAUCAAAUAUGAAGUACACUAUCAUUGCCACACUCUCCUUGGCCCUUGCGGCCUCUGCUCGCCCGAGCUUUAUCUCCGCCAAGCGUGCUGAGUUCACGCUGAAGAACGGCCAGGAUGCUAUCGCCUUGAACGACAAGUUCAAGACGCUCACCCCCGACUCGGCGUGUUCGACCGGCGAUAUCGCAUGUGUGGACGACAAGUUCGCGCAGUGUGUCAGCGGCAAGUUCGUCCUCCAGCAGUGUGGGGGUGGUUUGAUCUGCGCCGCGCUCCCCCUCGUCAAUUCUGCGGGUACGAGCGUUACGUGCACGUCCGCCGCUGACCGUGAUGCGCGCAUUGCCGCCACUGGCGCGAAGGACGCUUCUACUGGCGAUAACGCUGCAACCGGUGGCGCCGCCGCUGGUUCCUCAUCUGCGGCUGCUAGCACAUCCGCUGCUGCUAGCACGUCUGCUGCUGUUAGCACAUCUGUUGCAGCCAGCUCGUCCGCUGCAGUCAGCUCGUCAGCAGUCAGCACGUCGUCCGCUGCCGCCGCAACCAGCUCUGCCGCUGCUGGAGACAAUGCUACCAACGGUACUGCCGUUGGCGCUGAUGCCCAGACCUCGUUGACCCUCGACCCGAACUCUAUCCAGCCGAACUACGCCAGUGACGGUAACGCGAACGCCACAGCUGGACAAGAGCCUUCGCUCACGUCCACGAACAACUUCAUCAACUUCUGCCUCCUGUUCCCCGACAAGCAGAAGACGAACGGCGCGCAGGUCCUCGAUGGCUCGUGCAACCAGACUCCGAUGGGUCUCAUCGCUGCCAAGGCGAACAUGCCGUCAGCCAAGUUCCAGAGCCCGAAGAACGGCGACACCAUCCCGGCGAACAAGGACUUCACCAUCCAGCUCGCGAUCAACAACCUUGAGACGGGCCACUUCACGAACCCGACGACGACGUUCCAUAUGGCGCCCCAGGUCGUGAACGACCAGGGCCUCAUCAAGGGCCAUUCGCACGUCGUCAUUGAGGAACUCACCUCGCUCAACCAGAAGACGCCCACCGACCCAACCAAGUUCAAGUUCUUCAAGGGUCUCAACGACAAGGCGACGAACGGCGUCCUAACUGCGGUCGUACCCGGCGGUCUCCCGGCAGGUUUCUACCGCGCUGCGACCAUCAACUCUGCUGCGAACCACCAGCCCGCUCUCGUUGCUGUCGCUCAGCGUGGUGCCCUCGACGACAUGAUCUACAUCACCGUGAACUAAGCUGGAGAUGCUUUGAUAUGUUUGCAAAUUCCUUAUUAUAUUUGGUCGUAUUGAUUGGAGUGUGGUACGGGAUACCCUAUUUCGCGGUCUCGAGUUUUGUAUCCAUAGUCACUAGUCGCAAUGAAGUCGAUGGUUCUUUCAAAA